AUGGCAAUGCUUGGGACAGAGAGAGCUCAAUACACGGAUGAGACAGAACAAUCCAUUGAUAUACCACAAAAUCUUGAUGCACAGCUAUCUGGUGACCCAUCAUCUGCGUCUCCCCGGAAAGAAGUACAACAUGUUCGCCCAUUGGCAGCAGCAACAAUGCCACCAGCUCCGAACGGAGGGUUUCAAGCAUGGAUCCAGGUGCUGGGUGCCCAUUUUCUCUUCUUUAAUUCCUGGGGCAUCGUCAACACCUUUGGUGUAUACCAGACAUACUACCAAACCUCUCUCCUACACAACCACAACGCUUCCGAAAUUUCCUGGAUCGGGACCUUUCAGGCAUUCUUACUAGUGUCUUUCAGUCUAGUGGCUGGACCGAUCUUUGAUCGUGGCUAUUUCCGCAUUCUGCUUGCCGUUGGAACAUUCCUUACCGUGUUUGGUAUCAUGAUGAACAGUAUCUCAGACAACUACUGGCAGGUCUUCCUUUCACAGGGACUGUGCAUAGGCUUAGGUACUGGGUGCUUGUUCUUGCCGAGUGUGGCCAUCGUGGCCACGUAUUUCACCACAAAGCGAGCUCUAGCAAUUGGAAUUGUAGCGUCGGGAGGCAGUAUCGGCAGUGUGGUCUACCCGAUCGUCUUUCAUCGAUUACAGCCUCGCAUCGGGUUCCCCUGGGCGACAAGGGUACUUGGUUUCAUUUCCCUCGGAACUCUCCUUGUGAGUGUCUUGGUCCUGAAGACACGACUUCCACCACCGGAAACAACGCGAGCAAUAUUUGAUCCUCAAGCCUUCAAGAAUGUGCCUUUCAUCCUCUUCAGCACCGGUCUCUUCCUAGCUUUUGCCGGUCUGUAUAUCCCCAUCUUCUACAUUAUCUUCAUUGCAGAAAUCCGUGCUCAUGUUGAUGAGGAAUUUUCUUUCUAUCUGCUGCCAAUUCUCAAUGCAGCCUCGGUCUUGGGUCGAAUCAUUCCUGGCCUCCUUGCCGACCGAUAUGGCUCACUCGAAUUGUUGGCUGUCUGUACACUUGCUUCAGCCAUUAUUGCAUACAUUGGUGUUGUAAUCAAUUCGCUGGCCAGAUUGAUCGUCUUCGCCAUCAUCUACGGCUUUCUUUCUGGUGCGGUAGUGUCUUUGCCAUCGGCAGUGGUGGCCUCUCUCGCACCAAGCAUGCAACUGAUUGGAACGUGGAUGGGCAUGUCUUUCUUUUUCGCAGCACUUGGCAUUCUGAUUGGAACGCCGAUUGUAGGGAGUAUAAUCGACGUCAAGAAGAACCACUUUGGAGGCGGAUUCGUGUUCUCGGGAAGCUUGGUCAUGGCGGCAGGGGUAUUGUUUGUCAUGACUCAGGGCUGGAAACUUGCCGAGAAGAAGGCGAAUGCACUGAGGACAGCGAAGAGGCACAGUGAUUUACAGAUCAUUCAGGAAGAUGUUAUGGGCCCUGUGUAG